AUGUUUCUUUUGAGAGAAAAAGACGUGAUAUCAUCGAAUACCCAAUCACAAGUAUUCAAGCCGAACAUAUUUUUUUGGAAAAUAUUCGGAUGGUGGCCAGAAGUUACAUCAACCAUUUACUAUAGAUGCUACUAUAUUUCUUUUUUAUCGCUAACAUCUGUGGUGUACUUGUUCCUUUUCACAUUGAGCCUACUUUACUCUCCGAUUGAAUUGGAAAUUAUCAUUGCCCAAGCUAUGUUUUAUUUUACGGAAAUUUCUGGUCUAUCGAAGAUAUUUAUGAUAGUAAUAAGACGAGAGGACAUACAGAAGGCUUUCAAAAUGCUGGAUUCUGAGGAAUUUCAAGGAGAUGACGUGAUUCCUAGAGAAAUUAUAAACAAGAAUAAGGUUUAUUAUUUAAAAUAUUAUAGGGCUUGUGCCACAUUCUAUUACAUAGGAUCAUUUUUUCUCCUUUUCCUGCCAAUCAUUGAGUACGUAGCCGGCCAUGCGGAUUUAGAAUUGCCUCUCUGCCAGUACUAUUUUUUAUCUGAACAUGUCCGAGAUAAAUACUUCAAUGUGAUAUUUAUUUACCAAUUUUUCGGUCUGUUUGUAUUGAUAUCGGGUAACGUUAAUAUAGACACGUUUAUCUGCGGAUUGCUACUGAUGGCCAUAGCUCAGUUCAGAAUGUUGAAUUGGAAGAUGAGUAAUUUAAAAAUGAACCCACUUGAUUUGGAAAACGAGUCUGACGAUGAAGAAACUAUAAUGAUGCGAAAGCUGAAUAAAUGUUUGAAGCAUUACGAUCUAAUUUUGGAGUACUGUGAUCACAUUCAAGACGUGCUAAGUGCAGCAAUAUUUGCCCAGUAUGGGACGGCCGCAGCCACUAUGUGCCUAUCUAUGUGUACAGUUCUCAUGCCAAUGGCAAGUGAGGAUUGGUUGUUCAUGGGAUGUUACAUAGGAGCAAUGACACUAGAAAUUUUCCUUCCUGGUUUAUUAGGAGCUGAACUAAUGAAUGAGAGUCAAAAGCUAGUGGCGGCCGCGUACAGUGCCGAUUGGAUACCGCGCUCAGAGAGUUUCAAGCGCAGCCUCCGCCUCUUAGUAGAGCGCGCAAACAGACCCAUAGUAAUCACCGGCCUCAAGAUGUUCACGCUUUCUUUGGAAACCUUCACUUCGAUCAUAAAAUUGGCGUACUCGUUCUUCACGCUUCUGAAAAAUGUUCAAGAAACAGAAAUUGCAUAAUCUUCACAAUGUAGCAGCUUGAAAAUAUUACUC